AUGGCUAUCUGGCUUGUGGUCUUUAUUACCCUAUUCGCAGUUGGUGAAUCUCAGCCCACGCCGCCUUUCAACCAAACUGAUUUGCAGGAAGCCAUGGCUGACAUGAGAAGUAAGUCUUACUAUGGAUUUGUGAUCCUCCUCAAAAUCCUCAACAGCCAACCAAACUCACUGCAGACCAAUGAUCUGACAUUCCUAAUGCCAAGUGAUGAAGAACUAUCUCAGUACACAAUAACUCCAGACCAGCUUCAUGAUUUCAUAUUCAGUCAUUCUAUUCCAACAUCACUGGUGCUCAAUCAUCUAUUGCAUUUCCCAAAUGGCUCUGUGGUUCCCUCAAGUCUUCCAAGCAGGGUGAUCAGCAUAACCAAUAGUGGGAGAGCAGGUUUGUUUGUCAACAAUGCAAAAGUAGUCACACCAAAUGUGUGCCAAACCUCUUUCAUAAGGUGCCAUGGAAUCAGUGCAGCUUUGACAUUCGAGAAUGAUGCACCUUUUCGCCGAGUUCAAGAUCCUAAGAAUCCCCCAAAGGGUAGUGAUGUACCAGUCCCGAACCAUUCUGUCAAAAAGAUGAGCAUUCCGCCUCUCUAUUAGGGCAGAAGAU